AUGUUCGAAUCAUUAGUUGAAAAACUUUUGAAUAAAUUUUUAGCUCCAUAUGUGGAAGGUAUAGAACGUAAUUUACAUUUGGGUGUCUGGUCAGGUAAUAUCGUAUUAGAGAAUUUAAAAUUGAAACCACAAAUAACUGAAAUAUUAGACUUGUCAUUUAAGAUAAUUCAUGGAAAUAUAGGAAGAAUAAAUAUACAGAUACCAUGGAGCAGCUUAGGAAAAAGCCCUGUGUGCGUUUUAAUAAAAAAUGUUCACAUAUAUAUAAAACCAAGAUGUUAUAAAAAAAGUGAAGAAGUUAUUAUAGAAGAAUUAAGAAAAGCUAAAAUGCAUAGAUUACAAUUAUUAGAAGAAGAAAUUUCUCUUAUUAAGUUACAAAAAAAUAAUGAGAAAUCUUCUGAAAAGUCUACACUUAUAUUUAAAUUAUUAAAUAAAAUUAUUAAUAAUAUUCAAAUAGAUAUUCAAGAUAUAUUAAUUCAUUUUGAGGAUCCAGAUAAAAACUUUUCUAUUGGUUUUAUUUUGAAAUCCUCUUCAGUCAAAAAUUGUCAAAAUAAUGAGGACAUCUCAACACAAGCAAAUUCAAAUGCAGAAAAUAAAACAUUGAAUCAUAUAAUUGAAUUUAAAGGAUUAUGUAUUUAUAGCAAUAGUGAUAUAAAAUCAAGGACAAAGAAAAAAAGUAGAAAGAAAAAUAAAAAGAGAAAUAAAGAUAUAGCAGAAAUAUUGGAAGAUGAUAAAGAUAAAGACAAUGAGAAGGAUUCAUCAAAUGGUAAAAACACAAAUGAAAUAAAAUAUAAGAAUAAUGAAAGUUCAUUAAAUAAUGAAAAGUUACAUAAUAUUAAUAAGAGAGAAACAGAGCAUAUGGAAAUAUUUGAUAUUUCGUCAAACGUAAAAGAUGAUAAUGAUAAUAAUAUAAAUAGUAAUGAUAAUAAUAUAAAUAGUAAUGAUAAUAUAAUAAAUAGUAAUGAUAAUAAUAUAAAUAGUAAUGAUAAUAAUAUAAAUAGUAAUGAUAAUAUAAUAAAUAAUAAUGAUAAUAAUUUAAAUAGUAACAACAAAAUAUUUGAUAAUAAUGACAAAAUAUUUGAUAAUAAUGACAAAAAAUUAGAUAGUAAUAUCAAAAAUAAUGACACACAUGAUUACUCAAAAUUCAGUAGUAAUGAUAGUGGCAACCAAGAUGAUUAUUUAAAAACCACCUUAAAUAGAAUAAGCAGCUUUUUAAAAGAAGAAGAAAAUAUUAUUUUACACAAUUAUAAUUUUGAAUAUUUAAUAAAACCCUUUGACUUAGUAUUACCAGUAGAACAGUCAAGUAAUAAAAAAGAAUUAAAAGCUAAAUUAGAAAUAAGUGAUAAAUGGGAAGGUAUUACUCUCACGAAGACACAAAUAACCAAAAUUAUAGAAAUAAUGAAUGAAGCUAAUAAAUCUAGGAAUCAAACAAAUAAAUUAUUAUUAAAACAUGCAUGGACAGUUAGAUUAGAUAUCGAAUCGUUAAGAAAUGAAACAAAAAACGAAUUUAUAAAUCUAUAUAAUAAAGUAUUAGGAGAAGAAUAUAAUAUAAGUAAUACCGAAUUAUCUGCACAAGAAUUAAAUAGAUUACAAAUUUUAUAUGAUGUUGUAGGUGUUCGACAUUUAGCAAAAUGGAGAUUACAAUGUAGAAGUACAUUAGAAAAAUUUAUAGAAGAAAAAAAUUUAAAGAAGAAAUUUUUAUAUGACUCAAUAUAUAAACAACAAUCUUGGUGGUCAUGGGUUACUGGUAAUAAAAAAGAAAUUGAAAAUAAAGUACAAAGUAUUUUAAAAAGUGAACAAGAUAUAAUAAACGAAAAUGAGUUGUUUAUGAUACAAGAAGCUAUGACAAAUGAUGAUAACUAUGAUGUUGUUAUGCCAUCAAAAUAUGAUUUUCAAUUUAAACUAGCUAAUUUUUGCAUUAAUGUAUAUGAUGAUUGUAAAAAGAGGAUAACAAAUAAUAAAAAUGAAAAUAAUAAUAAUAAUAAUAUUAAUAAUAAUAGUAAUAGUAAUAAUAUUAAUAAUAUUUAUAUUACAGGAGAUAAUACAAAUGGUAAAGAAGAUAUGGAUGGACAUCAUAUAAGAGAAGAUAAAUUAAAUUUUCAUAAUAUUAUAAAUGAUGAAUUAAGUAUAAAUAGUAGUUGUGAAACCUUAUUGACAAGUUCCAUAAAUUUAAGUUCCAAUGAUUCAAAAGUAGAUAAAAAAAGUGUAAGAUAUGAACGAGUCAAUAUAUUGUCUAUAAAUUUUUAUCAAAUAUAUUCUUCUUUAUCCCUACAAUCAGUUGUUGAUCAUAAUGAUCAUGAUAAUUUUCAAUGGAAGUUUAUUAUUGAAUUACAAAAUUUUAUAGCAAAACACAAAAAUAAGGUAUUCAUGGAAUUUAGGAAUAAUAAAAAUUCCUUUCCAUAUAAUAUGAAUACAUCAGGAAGUUUGUAUAAAAAUUCUAUAUUCUAUUCAUUAUUAUAUAGUCAAACUGUUUGCGCUUAUUUAGAAAUUAAUCAUUUAGUAACAGAAAAGGGGAAUACAUUAUCCACUAUAUUAAGACUAAACCCCUUGGAACUUUAUUUAUCUCCAUUAUUAAUUAAAAGUAUAUUGUCAUUUACAUUUCCUCUAUUAGAUAUAAUUAAUAAAAGUCACAAGAAUGUAAUGAAAAAGUACAAGAGUAAAAAUGUUAGUUUAUCUGUGGAAAAGCAAAAGGAAAAGGAAGAAGCUUCAUCAGCGAUUAUUAAAAAGAAGGAAUCAAAUUCUGGAACAAGAAAAAGAAAUAAUAAAAAUAAGAAGAGCCAUCAUGAAAUUGGAAAUAUAAAGAAAGAAACAAAUAAUGAAGAAAUUCUCAAGGGUGAAGGAAAUGAUACGAUAAAACAAGAUGAUCAUAAAAAUAAAAAUAAUGAUGAUAAUGAUCACAAUAGUGAUAAUCAUGAUGAAUGUGAUGAUAUUAAUGAUGAUGAUAAUAAUAACGAUGAUGAAGAAGAUGAUGAUGAAGAUGAUGAUGAUGACGAAGAAGCAUUACUACAAAUAAAAAAAAUGGAACAAUCAGAAUUAUUAGAAGGAUUAAAAGAAAGAGGAGAAAAUGUUUAUAAUAGAGCUGUUCAACACCUUCCAGAUUUAUUUGAAUUUUAUAUACAUAUAUGUGGUCCCAUUUUACAUUUCGACAAUUUGACAAACGGUAUAGUAGAAUUGCAUUUAGGUAAUUUGGUAGCAAAAACAGAACACCCAUGUACAUAUAAUAAAUUUAAUUUAAUAUUUGAAUUUAAUGAAACGCAAAUAACAUGCUUAAAAAUAGGCUCAGGAUAUAUGAAGAAGGAUGAAAAAUCUAAAAAGGAUAUAAAUUUUAAUGAGAACAAAAAAUAUAUGGAUAAAUCAGCAAAAGCAUAUAAGAAAAUGGAUAAAAGUAAUAUUUAUUUAGAAAUAAAUGAAGAAGGCUUAUUUUCAAAUAAUGCAAUAGAUAAUGCCGAAAUGGAUGAUUUAAAAGAUAGUUAUUUUAAUAGUAUAAAAGAAAAAGUAUUAACUGGUGAAAAAUUUUAUAUUUUACAACCAAUUCCAGUAAAAAUCUAUGUAGAAUAUGAUUUGAAAAUUUUGAAAACAAAUAUUAUAUUAGAUGGUAUAUUUUUUCAAAUUAAUCCAGAUGCUAUUAGUAUCAUUUUAGCAGUUCCAACAUCUAUAACUAGAUAUCUCACUGGAGUUUAUUCUAAAAAUAAGAAUGAGAAUGAAUUUAAUAAGAACAAGAAGAAAACUUCUGUAGAAAAAAAGGAAGGAGAUUUAAUGAAAGGAGAUGAUAUUACAAGAGCAAGUUUGUCAAAUAUUGAUAGUGUUACAUACAAAAGAAAUAGUAUUACUGAUAUUAUAAAAAGGAAUAAAGACAAUGAUAAUAUGGCAGAAAUGAAUAAUAAAGGUAUGAAAAAAGAAGAAGAGUCCUUUUUAUAUGAUAUUGAUUUUUUGAUUAAAAAUUCUUCUUUUUCAAUUAAGAAUAAAAAAAAUUGUGAAAUAUUGAAAUAUGAAGCAUGUGGUAUAUCUUAUAAGAACUAUUUACAAAAAAAAAGGAAAAUUAUUAAAAUGGAAAUAGAACAAUUAUGGAUUUGUGAUCCUAGUAAUAAGCAACCUAUAUUUUUUACUUUAACCAAGGAUAUAAAUUCAAAGGAUAUAUUUUUAUUUAGAUCUUUAUCUACAUAUUUGGAAGAGAAAAGUCAUAACAAUAAUAGUAUUGAACAAAAAGAAAAUGAUAUGGAAAGUGAUAAUCAUAUAAAUGUUGGUAUAGACGACGUACUAGAAGAAGAUCAUUUUAUGAUGGGCACCAACAACAAUAAUAUUAAUAAUAAUAGUACUAAUAUUAGGAAGAAUAGUUUUAAUAUAGGUUCAAAUGCUUUUGGUAGUUUAGAAAGGUUCGAAUCUGCUAAAGUGAUUGAUGAUAACGUAUUCAUAAGUGGAGAACAUAAAGGUUCAAUCAAGAAUGGAUUGACUGAUAAUUCUAUUAUGAAUAAUGUAGAAUUAAUAAAUAAUAGAGGAGAAGGUGGAAAAUAUAUGAACACAAAUAGAUUUUCCAUGAGUGGUAUAAAUCAGUUUAACAAAUAUGUUGGUAUGAGUAUGGAUAGAAAAAAUGAAGAGAGAAAAUUGAAUGUAAAAAAAGAAAAUGAUGAAGAUAAAAAUGUUGAGGAAGAAGAUGAUGAUUUUAUGGAUGCUAUUGAAGAAAAACAAUUAUCUAUAAGUCUUCAAAUUUUGCAAGAACAUAAUGAAAAGAAUAUUGAAGAAACUCAUAUUAAUUUUAUUAUUAGUGAUAUUGAAUUACAUUGGAAAUAUAAGACAAUAAAACAAAUUUUUAAAACAAUGAAAGAAUAUAAGAAAACAUUACAAUAUGGUAUAGAAAAAGAUAUGACAUAUAUAAAAAAUAAAUUAAAAAAUGAAAAGGAUUUAAAAAAUUAUAAAAUGUUCAUAUCUGAAAAUGCUUUAAGAAGUGUACAAGAAACUUUGAAAAAUGUUAAGGAUUCCUUAAACAUUUUAGAUAUAGAAUCUGCAAAGCAUAAGGAUGACAUAAUAAAUAAUCUACAAGUGAAUGAAAUGGACAACGAUAAUAUUAAAAUUGGUGCAGAAGGUAUACAUGUUAUGAAUCCUUAUUAUGCGAAAGAGGAAAAUUUAAAUAUGAUAACUGAUAAUAAGUGGAAUUUUAAUUUAAGAAAUGAAAAAAAUAAUGAAGAAAUAAAUAUGAAUAAUGAUAACACUAUAAAUGAUAAUAAUGAUAUUAAAAAUAACGAUUAUAUUAAUGAAGAUAUGAUUAAUAAUAAUAGUUAUAACAUUUUGAAUGAUAAUAUUCUUAGUAAAGGACUUGAUGAUACAUUACCCAAAUUAUAUGGUCAACAAAAUUCAUAUCCAAAAUAUUUUUUCAACUGUUUUAUAAAAAGUGCUUCUUUAGCCUUCUGGAAGAAGAAGAAAAUUUUUUCUAAGAUUCAAGUGAGUAAUAUAUUUUAUGAAAAUAAAAUAUAUAAUAAUUUUGACCAGAAGAUGUUUUUAAAUAUAGAAAAGGGUAUAAUGUCAAUGAAUAAUAAGAACAUUAUAUCUAAUAAUAUUAACGAUUAUAAAUACGACUUGUUUAUUUCUAAGGAUAAGAAAAUGUUUGGUUCGAGUGAUAUGGAUAAUGAGGAUAGAAACAUGUUAAAUGGAUUAAAAAUUGUAAAGAAAGAAGGGAACUUAAAUGAUAUGCAAAAUGAUGAUGAGGAAAAAAAAGAAGAAUAUACAGGAGAUGAUACCUUUACGGAAAGACGAAAUAGUCGAGAUAUAUUAAAUAAUAUAAAUGUGGAUAACUUAUCUUUAGAAAUAAAGAAAAAAAAGAAAACGAUGCAUAAAGAAUCGAAAGAAGAUUUGUUUAUUGGUAAAAUAAAAGUAUAUAAUGAUAAGAGGAAUUAUAAUAUAUGUUUAUUAUGUGAAAUUUCAAGAAUGUAUUAUAUUUUUUACUUGAAAGAUUUAAGAUUAUUUUUGGAAUAUUUAGAUGAUGGUAUAUUAAAUGUUUUUAUUAGUAAAUCAUAUAAAAAGGUAGUUCAGGCUGCUCAAACUAAAUAUUUUUUAUUCAAUUUUACUUUUAUGGAUCCCAUAGUUAUUAUACCUGAAGAUAAAAAUAUGAUAUAUAAUUAUAAGGGCGAGGUGAAAAAUGUAUCAAGAUAUUUUAAGAAUGAAACCAGUAAUAAUAACACAAAGGAAAAUGAGGACAUAAAUGAUAUUGUAAAAGGAGGAGCAAAGGAAUGUAUUCUCUCGAAUGAAAAAAGAGAUACAAAAAUUGAGCAGAGUAAUAAUUACAAUAAUGUGAAUAAUAAAAAUAUACAUAACACUAAUAUUGAUUCUGAUAUUAAAUCCAAUUAUGAUAAAAAUUCCAUUGGUACUAAUACAUAUAAUUGUAAUAAUAUACCAUACAUUGAAUCUUAUUUACAAUUCCACUUAAGCAAAUUAAAACUUAAAAAUUCGUACACCCUGAAAUGUACAGAAGAAAUAAGAGCAGCACAGAGAAGACAAAUGAUAUUAAAAAAGAAGAAACAUAAAGGAAAAAUUGAAAAAGAAAAAUUAGAUAAAAAUAAAUAUAAGAAUGAAUCAUUUGUAAAAACCGAUAUUGUACCUAAUGAACAGGUAGGACCAAUGGAUCAAAAAAGGAAUAGUAUAAAUAAUGAUCAGGUGAAGUUAGAUUUUACGUUAUAUAUUGAUAUAUUAGAUAUAGAAAGUAAGGCUUGUGAAAAUGGUGGUAGUACUAAUAUAGAAGGGGAAAUAUUACAUAAGGUAAAUUUAGGUUUCUGUUUAAUAAAUGCUAAGAAUGGUAUAUUUAUUUAUUUAAAUGGAAAUGACUUAUGUUUAGAUUUAACUGUAUUUCAACUAGCCUUUUUAUUAGAUAUAAUAAAUGAAAACUUUUGUUAUAAAGGAUAUUUCCCUAUGUGCUUUAUAUGUGAUAAGGAUGUAAGUUUGGACAGUAUGAUAAAUUCGGAGUGGUUUAAAAAAGGAAACAUGAAUUUUAACAAUUUUAAUAAUAGGAAAGAAAUGAAAGGAAAAUCAAAUGACAACAAAAAGGAAGAUAAAAUGAACAAUAUGAAUAGUAUGAAUAAUAAGAUGAAAGAUAAUUAUGAAAUUGGAGAUGGUGUUGAAAAUAAUAGUAUGUAUGAUAGCGAUCGUACUAUAGAUAAGGAAGAGGAUCAGAGUGAAAAUAAAAUGGAUAAGUCAUUGACAAAAGAAAAAAAAAGUGAUUCAUUAACAAAUGAUAAACCAAUAAUAAAAGAUUCAAAAGAGAAUGUAGCAAAAAAGACAGGAUUGAAAUUAUAUGUAUAUAUAAAUUUUGAAAGUUUAAAAAUUAAAACAGCAUUUGAUAAAAAUACACCUGUAGCCAUCAUAACAUUCCAAUAUAUAAGUAUGUCAUUUCGUUUAGUUCUCUUAGAUUUCUAUUAUGUUUACUUUUUUGAUUUACAUGGUAAUUCAUUAUAUAUUGAUGAUGCUAGAAAGAAUUCAAUCAAUUAUUACAAAAGAGUGGCCUACUGUUGUAUUGAAAAUGAAAAGAAAAAGUUGAAGAAGGAAAAUAGAAACCUACAUGAAUUGUAUAAAAAUUUAUAUAAUAAAGAAGGAUAUAAUGAUACUAUUAAUGAGAGUAGUGUAUAUGAGUAUAAUAAUGUGGAAAGGGAUUCUAGUCAAAUUAAUAAAGAAAAUAAAUUAUAUGAUAAUAAGGAGACAUAUCUUUGUAAUAAUAAAGAAGUACAAGAUGAAUAUGAAGAAGAAGUACAAAAAAGAAAUAAUAGUAGUAGUAAUAAUAUUUCCGUUUCAACACAAUUUUAUAGAAAAGAUUAUAAAAAUUUAUUAAUAUAUAUGUUUGAAAAUAAUGUAUUUUUAAAUGAAAAGAAGAAAAGGAAAAAACAAAAAGGAAUAAAAAUAAAAAUUAAUUCUUUCAUAGAAGAUUUGUUAUUAAAUAUUGAACUUGAUGAUGCGUAUAUUUGUUUUUUUUUCCUUAUUUUUAUAGAUAUAUAUAAAUUUUUAUCGACAGGAUUUAAUUUGAGCACGUUACACUUGUAUCCGAAGCCAUCACCUUAUAUUGUAUCUUACAAGAAUGAGAAUAAGAAGAAAAAGAUUAAGGGUCAUGAAUAUGUAGAGAAUAAUGAAAGUAAAAGUAUCCAUAGAAAAAAAAAGGUCAUGUGUUCGAAAACAGAGGAAGAAAAGCAUAUAAAGGAACAGAUUAGUAUGAAAUGUACUAGGUCUCAAUAUAAAAAUAGCACACAUAAUAAUAACAAUAAUAUUCAUAAUAAUAGUAAUAAUAAUAGUAGUAUUAAUUGUAAGGAAAAUACCAGUAUCAGUAUCGAAGAGAAUGUAUUCAAAAGAGAAAGGAUUCAUUAUGAUGAAGAAAUUAUUGAAGAAAAUGUCCAACUCAUAAAUGAAGAAGGUAAUGAAAAACAUUGGGUACAAAAAAAGAAGAAAAUUAUUCGACGUAGUAGUGUUUUAGAACAAUCAAAAUAUAUAAAAGGGAAAUUAAAAGAACAGAAAAAUAAAAUAAUAACUAAUAUAAACGAAGUAUUAAAAUUAGAUAAUAAACCAUUCCAUGUAAGUUUUAAAGUGAAUAAUGGGAAUUUCAUUAUUUUUACAGAUGUAGAAAAAGUUUCUCAUCCAAUAAUAAUGUGGUCAAAUAAUUUUGUUUUUUCAUUUUCUUUAUUUAAUAAAUGUAUCGUAUUUAGAAAAAUAUAUGCGAUAGAUAGUAAAGUGAAGAGGAUUAAUUAUGUAUCAUCAUCUCAUGUACAUUAUAAAUAUAAUAAUAUUAAGAAGAGGAACAAUAAAAGCAAUAAUGACAAUAAUAAUAGCAUCAACAAUAAAGAUAAUGAUAGUAUGAAGAAUAAGAAUAAUAAUAACCACAGUAAAAAUAACAAUAACAAAAUAUUUGAUCCUAAGAAUAUAUCGAAUCCACUUCAUAAUUAUCAUAAAAAAAAAAUAUUACUAUGUGACAAUUUGAAUGUUAUGGGUGAAGCUGUUUACGAAUCAGUUGACACAAGAACUGAGGAUUAUAAAUUAAAAAGUAGUGUAGUAAGAAAAGAUAAUAAUUCACCAUUUAUAACUGUUUUUGAAUUAGAUAUAAAUAUCGGUAAUUUUGAUAUACGUUUAUCAAAUGACGAUGUUGAAAUAUUAUUGAAAGCAUCAUCCACAUUAUUUGGUGAUGUACCUAGUUCAUUUACAAAUAUAGUAGUUGACCCAGUUAUACCACCAUUAACUUUCAUACAUAAAAAAAUAAAGAAUAAAUUUAUGCAAAAUAAUAUUUAUUAUAUAAGUACUACUGUCAAUGAGGAGACCGAAAUGUUGUGUGGGUCUGAUUUGCAAAUAACAAGUAUAAAUUUAUUAAAGAAGAGGAGGAAGAAAAUUAUAAGAAAGAAAGAAAAGAAGGAUGCACGAAAUAAAAUAGAAAUGGAGAGAAAUGAAAAUAAUAAAAUAAAUGAUGAAAUUAAUAUGAAUGAAAAGAAAAGUGUAUUAGGUUGUCAUAUUGAUGAAAAGAAAAUAGGACAGGAUGAAUAUAACGAGUUUAGUAAUAAGGAUGAAAUAUAUACUGAUUCGAGUAACAUGAUGGAAUAUGUAUAUUAUAAAAAAGUAUCUGAUGUUUCUUCAAGUACUAAUACUUUAAGUUAUUCGAAUACAUCUUUAAGUGAACUACAUGGAGAAAAAAAAAUAUUAUAUAAGAGAGGUAUGAAAUAUGAUGAUAUAUCAGAUAUAAAUAAUAACAGUAGUAGCAACAACAACAAUAAUAAUAAUAAUAAUAAUAAUCAGACAAAAAGUUAUCGAGAUAUAAAAAUUAAUAUAAAGUUACAUAAUGUAAUGUGUACCUUUAUAGAUGAUAUAAGAAAUUCUAUUGUUCCAAUUUUAAGAAUGAUAUUUAGUAUGAACAUAAGUAUUAAUUUAUAUACUCAUGAAUGUUCAUAUAAUAUUAGUGACUUAAAUUCGAAGUUAGAAUAUUUUAAUAAUUGUAUAGGUGAAUGGGAACCAUUUCUUGAGAAAUGCAAUAUUUCAUUAGAUAUACAUAAUAUAUUCCCAAAUGAUGAAUAUGAUGAAGAUAAGGAAGCAAACAAAUCUCCUAUAAGUAUCAUUAAGAUUAAUAGUAUUAAAGCUUUAUGGUUUAAUAUUACACCUCAGUUAAUUAAUUUGUUAUUUUUAUUUGUUCCUGUCUUUUCUGAGAAGGUAUCUAAUGGCUUAAGGAAAAAUGGGAAAAAGGAAAUAGACCAUUAUAAUGAUAAGGAUAAUAAAUAUGUAAGUGAAUGUAUAAAAAAUGAUAUAUUAAUGGAUGAUAUGAAUAAUAAAUUAAAUGCUAAAGAUACAUCUAUUAAUAAGGAUUUAGAAACAUCUGAACAAUUGAAUAGCUUAAAUGACUUUUCUAGAUGUGAUAGUGGAUCUGUCGAAUUAGAAUACAAAAAUUUGAGUGUCAAGAGUAAGAGCAUAUUCGAAGAUUGUUCUUCAGUUUUUAAUUCCUUUCCAUGUGAUACAGAUGGUAAGGAAGCAAAUGAUUUUCAUUUAGAUGACUUUUUAAAAAAGGAAGAGAAUCGAAAUACAUAUUAUAAUAGGAAAGAUAACUCUGUUAUAUAUUACGUUAAUUUGACUAGCGAAUACUUUUAUGCCUUUUUAAUGCCUGAAAGUAAGAUUGAAGAAAUUAUGAAGAAAAAAAAAUCUGCCGAUACAAAAAAUGUAUACAAAAGUGUCAAUGAGGUGGAUGACACAAAUAUGACGAUAAAAUCUUAUAAAUGGGAUGAAAAAAAAAAAAAGGUAGAAAAGGGAUCUAUUCAAAGGGAGAAUGUUACCAAAGGUAAUGAAAUCAAAGAAAAGGUCGUUAAAGUAAAUUCCAUAAAAGAAAAUCUAAAGAAGGAACAUUCUUUAAUUUGUUCGGAUGAUAAUAGUAUCCAUAGCGAAGCAAAUGAAGAUUAUAUAUCUGAAGAAGAUCUUUUCAAAAUGAUACCUGAUUUAUAUGCAAAAAUUAUAACGACAAAUGAAUUAAUAUCAUUAGACAGACUAUUAAUCAACGAAAUAGAAAAUAAUUCGUUAAUAGAAAAAAAAUGUUUAUAUUUAUAUUUGAUACCCAUUCCACCCACAAAUGUUGUCAAUAUAGUUCAUGAUAUGUUUUCGAAUAUUAAUAAAAGAGACAUUGUUUUAGAUUUGAUGAUUACAAAAAAUCCAAAGAAAACUAUUGAAAAUUUAUUAAAUUACAAUCAACAUAAGGAAGACAUACGUAUUAGAAGAAAUAGUAUAAAUAGCAUUUGGACGGAUCAUAUGAUGUAUGAUGACAAUAAUAAAAAGAAACAUAUAGAAUUGUAUUUGAAAAAAAUGAAAAUGAAGGGGGAAGAAGAUGGUGGUAGUAAGGUAGGAACGGAAAAUACACAUUUAUUGGAGGAUCAAAAAAUGUAUUUGUUAAACAAAGAAAUGUGGAAUGAUUAUAAAAAUGUUAAGGGUAUUAUAAAAGGAGAGGACAAAUAUACAAAUAGUACUAUUAGUAAAACUGAUCAUACCUCAAAGAGUAACAAUAUGGACAAUAACAUAAAAGGUAAUGAUACUAUUAAUAGUAAUCACAGUGAUAAAGAAUAUGAGAAGAGACAAGACAUGAGCCAAAAUAAUGUAAAUGGUAAUAUCUUAAAUGUUAUGGUAGAAGGGAACGACGAGUUGAUGGAUAAAGAGAAAAAGGUUAAUAAAUCAUUGAGUUUAUAUACAAAAGAGUGUGAAAAUGAUGAUAAUAAUGAGUAUGUGAAUGAUGAUGAAGAAAUAUCUUGUGAUAGUUCUUCUGAUACAUGUGAGGAUUAUGAAUCAACUGAUGAUACGAAUUCAAUUGAUGAAAGGGAUAAUUUGAAUUAUGAAUAUUAUUUUAAAUAUAAUAAGAAAAAGAAAAAUGAUUCAAAUUCUAUUUUUUCAUCGAAUAAAUUUGUUGGACCCUUUUUAAGAAACACAGAAUGUGUUAUAAUAAAUUUGAUUAAGAAUAGUUGUACAUCAUUAACUACAUCUUUGAAAAAUAGCAAUGUCAUACAUUUAUUAAAGCCUGGUGAUUUUGUGUUUGAUGAGAAAUAUAAGUAUAAUUUUUCCAGCAAAAAGACUAAUGAAAUUAUGACAAAUAAUAGUAACACUGAUGGGAUUAUGACAGAUGAUAGUGUAAUUAAUGGAUCCAUAAAUAAUAAUAAUAAUAAUAUGUGUAACAAAAGUAUACAAAAUAAUACAUUUACAAAACAGAUUGUCGAUAAAUAUGUUUCUAAAAAUAGUAUUAGUAUUAGUAAUAAUAAACAUAAUAAAUCCAGUAUAUUAAAUAAAGAAAACAUUGACAAGAUAAAUGAAUGGGAAAGAAGAAAUGAAGAAAUGAUUAAACAAACAUAUAUAGCAUGUAAAUAUAGAUUGAAAAAUAAUUAUUUGCCACAAACAUCGUUGGUUGAAAAUGUGUGUGAAAUUAUAUCACCUAUGCCAAAUUAUAAAAUAUUAUUUAUGUCUUCAACAGUUAGAAUUAUAAAUAAAUGUGGUAUUCCCUUAGAAUUCUGUUUUUUUGAUGGUAGUCGAAAUCCUAUAUUACUAACAUCAUUAGAGAAUAGGACUAUACCUAUAAAUACUUUAUAUCCUAACCAUAGUGAUUCAUUUAAGAAUUAUAAAGUAUCUAACAGUUUGAAUAUUAAUCCGAAUAUAAAAUUAAGACAAAAAAAUAAUAAUUUAAGUUUCACUGUAAUAUUAAAUCAUGAGUAUUUAUUAUCAGCACCCGAAUGUGUUUUUUGUGGGCCCUCUCAUGUUUACAUGUCUUUUAAACCUAUCAAUGUGAUAACAGCAGAGAAUGAAUAUUAUGACAUAGUAACCGGUGGUCCCACGACAAAUAGUGUGAACAAUAAUAAUAAUAAUAAUAAUAGUAUUAGUAGUAGUCAUAAUUAUUAUGGUAAUAAAUCAAAUGUUAAUGAUUUAUUAAAAAAGGACAAGCGAGGAAACAAUGAUUUAAUAGAUCCUAUGUCUAUUAAUAUAGAAAAUGGAUGGUCUGAUAUUUUUAGUUCUGAUAUAUCUCAAGGGACGUAUGUAAAAAAAUGUAAAUACAAAGAUAUGAAUUCCUUCAUGUCUAAUAUAAAUAAAAGUAAUAGUAGUGGAAAUAAUUAUUUUUAUUUCUUGGUAAAGAUUGAAAAUAAGAUAAGUGCUUUACCUGCUGAGAAAAAUUUGAAAAUUAUCACUAUAUAUCCGCAUGUGAGUGUUGUAAAUGCUAUACCAGCAUUUGUAGACAUAAUAAUAACAUCAGAUGUAGUAGAAGAUAAGCAGAAUGAUUAUAUGUAUGAAGAAAGGAAUAAAAUAGAUGCAUUAAAAAAUAAGAGAGCAAGGUUAUUAAAACAAUGUGAAGAUAUAAAUUCAUAUUUGAGUAAGGUGAAUGCAUCAAAAUAUGGUGGAAGUAAAAUUUAUAGUGAUAGUUCAUCUAAGGUAACAGGUAAAAAAGACAAUAGUAAUAGUAGUAAUAGCAAUAGCAAUAAUAGUGAACAUGUAUAUAUGCAAGAGUUGAACAAAUUAGAAAGAGAAAUAUAUCAUAUAGAUGAAGAAAUAAAAUAUAAGAAAAAAGAAUUAUCUUCUCCUUUAGUAAAAGGAUAUGUUAAUAGAAGAUUAAAUCCAUUUUCUAUAUUUUAUAUAUAUGAGAUAAAGAAAUAUACUUGUUUGAAUUUAAAGAUGAAGAUAGGAAAUUCACAAUGUGAAUGGUCUGAGAAAUUAUUUUUAGUAGAAGAUGAUGAAGAAUCUGUAACAAGAUUUUCAUUACAUUUUAAAAAAUAUGCAUCAGUGGAAGUUGAAAUUAUUAAAAAUUUUAGUGGAUAUUUUAAUUCAUUGAGUAGUAUCUUAGGAAAUAAACAAUUAUAUAUUUUUUCUUUACCAAGAUGUUUUAUAGAUAGAACAGGUUUAGGAAUUAAGGCAAUAAAUUCGAAUAAAUAUUAUCCUGUGAUUAAUGGGAUAACAUUAUUAGGGGAGCAUUCUCAGAUUGAUUUGUUAUUACCUCACAAAACAUAUACUCAUCCAAACAAUAAUGGGAACAGUGGCAAUAAUAGUGUUGAAGAUGAUAGAUAUAAUUAUUACUAUAAAGGUGAUUUGAAGAGAUCGAACAGAAUGUAUGAUAAAGGAGGAAAUCAUAGAAAAGAUUAUAACGAUGGAAACGAAAGUUAUGGUAAUGAUAAUGAUGUUAAUAAAAAUGAUAGUCGUUAUGUUAAUAAAAAUGCAAUUAUUAUAGAUUAUAAUGAUAUAUUUAAUGAUUUUAAUUAUCCUUCACCUGCAAAUAAUUCUGUAAUAUUAUUCAAAGCCACAUUACCACCUAUUGGUAGUUAUACAGAGACCAAUGUGAUUUGUAAAAAUUUUUUUUAUACCUUUUGUUUAAAUACCGAAAAAAUAAAAACAACAAAUAUUCCAUAUAUUAUAAGUAGAAUAAUUACAGUGGUUCCACAAUUUAUUAUUAGUAACAAAUUGAAUUAUCCUUUAUUAAUUAAACAAUAUCAGAAUGACCAGAUUCAAGGAGUUCGGGCAAAUGAUACUUCUCCUUUAUAUUUUACAAAAAAAAGUAGCAUUUUACUAUUUCAAUUUAAAUGUUUAGAUCCUUCUAGAAAUAGUAAUGAGGAUAAGAAUAAUAUGUUAUUAGGUCCAAAAAAUGUAAUAAAAAGUAAUGGAAAUAAAUAUUAUAAGUUGAAUAAAAAUAUAUAUUGGUCAUCUGUUAUAUAUCCAAGUGAAAAUUUCGUUGGAACAAAUUAUAUGGUAAUCAAUACAGGAAAUCACGAAAAAUCGGAUGUAUACGCGAUAACUUGUAUACCUGAUAGAGGUACGAAAAAUAUUAUAAUAGAAAAAUUGGAAAGUAAGAAGAAAGGUUUUAUAGCAUAUAAUAAUUCAAGUAUUGCAAAAUAUUUAAAGAUUAGAACAUUCCAUGAUGAUACGAGACAUAUGAAAUUACAAGAUGACGAGAAUUAUAUAGAAAAAAAUAUGUUUCUAAGUAACUUUUUAAAACCAACAGAUAUGGAACAUUAUUUUAAUAUAGAACCAAAUAAAUAUAGUUAUUUGGGAUGGGUAAAUCCAUUUAUAUAUGUUACUAGAAAUGUACAGAUAGAAAUUGUUUUAGAAGAUUUAAAAAUAAUACCUAAAUCUCCAUUCGUUUUAAAAUUUGCUAUAUAUAAUUAUUCACAAAAAACAUAUUAUAUAAAUUAUUAUAAUUUCACUUUUAUUAUAUGUAUAGAAUAUAUAGAAGAUUUGAUAACAAUAAAAUUGAGUCAUAAAUUCAAUAUAAGCUCAAAUGUUUUAGAUCAUUCCCCUUAUUAUUAUAUGAUGAAUAAUAAAAGUAAUAUAACAAAUGGAAUUGCAUAUGCUAAUAAUUCACAUAAUAAUAUUAGGUCCAUCAAACAUAUGAAUAGUUGUGACAAUUCUGUAACAUCUAAUAAUGACGUUAAAAUAGGAAUAAAUAAAAAGAAGAAAUAUAUGGAAAUGGAAAAUCAGGUAAGUAUAGAAAAGUAUAAUAUAAUAAAUGGUAAAGAUAUUUCAAAUGAAGGGAAUAAUAUAGAUAAGAAUUCAGAGAAUAGUUUAAGUUUAUCAAAAAAUAGUGCUUAUGCCCACAAACAAAUGAUGAUAGAUCAUGAUGAAUAUCAUUAUGUUAAACAUAUUGAUGAGAAGGAUGGGGGUACUGGUAGUUAUAAAAAUAAUAGUAUUUGUAGUAGUACUAAUAAUUAUUAUAAGAAUGAAUCUGUGAAGGUGAUAAGUAAUACAUAUAAAAAUGUUCAUAUAAUAAUAAAUGUAACCCAGAUAGGUGUAAGUAUUAUAUCUAAUAUCUUAAAAGAGGAAGUAUUUUUUAUUGAACUAUCAAAAUUGUGUGCAUUGUUUUAUAUGAAAAAUGAAGAAGAGGUAAUAGAUAUAAAAAUAACAGAUGUACAAAUAGAUUGUCAGUUGGAAUCGUGUGAAAAAUGUGUGUUGUUAGCGAAUAGGGGAAUAAGUUCGUCAAAUAAUAAUAAUAGUAGUAGUAAUAAUAUGAUUACUGGAGGUGAUAUUAGUGGUAGUAAUAGUGUGUAUCAGAAUUAUCGUGAUGAAAAUAAAAGUUUUACAAGUAAUGAGAAUGACAUCCUUCGUUUUAAGAAAACAUUUGAUCGUAAUUCGGACGACAAAAUUAAUUAUAUGAAUCCUCUAUAUGAAAAUAAUAAUAAUAAUAAUAAGAGCAGAGGUUCUACUACUAAUAGUGUUAGUAAUAAUAAUAAUUAUAAUAAUAAUAGUAAUAGUGUAUUGAAUAAGAAUAUGAGUGGAAAUGAAGAAAAGAUUUUUUUAAAUAUAUAUGUAGAAAGGUCAUUUAUAUCACAUAAUGAUGUGAUAUUUAAAAAAAUACAAGUUUCUUUAGAUGAUGUAGAAAUAGAAAUGGAUGCUGAAACUUUGAAUGGUAUAAAUUUAUUAACAGCAGAAUAUAUUGAAAGUUUAAGUAUUGUUCAAAAAAAAAAUUUGUUAUAUGAAGAAAUACAGAAAUGGACUAUUUUACCUGUAUAUGUAAAUUACAAAUCCCCAGAAAUACCAUUAGCCAUAAAUAUCCAAUACAUGCAAAUAGAUAAAUUUACCUUAAUAGUGUGGUGUUCAUUUUUAUUAGAUAAAAUGCAUAUGAUGAGUGAUUUGUUACGAAUUGGAUUAAGAAUAUUGAUGGUAUCAGGAAAAUUAGAAUUAUUAGGUGCACCUGUAACAUUAAAUCAAGAAAUUUUUAAUAAUAUUCGUGUAAGUAUUAAAUCCUUUUAUGCAUUACUAAAAGAUAAGUAUAGUCAUUCUAUUUUGGCUUGUUUAGGAUUUAUAGUAGGAUAUAGUAGUUUAAUAAAUAUACCUAAAAUACCAUUAGAAAUUGGUCGAAAUACUAUAGGUUUAGCUGUAUAUGCAGUAGAUAAUGUGAGUGUUGGAAUUGGAAGCUUUUUAUCAAAUUUGACAUUUGAUUCUGAAUAUAUUAAUAGAAGACAAAAAGAGAGAACAUUUAAAACAAACACUAAUAUGAAAGAAGGUUUAAUUAGUGCUGUUAAAAAUAUAGGUGAAGGAGUAUUAAGUUUAUCUAAUAUUGUAACGAAACCAAUUGAAGGGGCACAAAAAGAAGGAUUUGGUGGAUUUUUCAAAGGAAUAGGAAAAGGUGUUGCUGGUUCUUUAGUAAAACCAUUAGAUAAAGUAGGACAAGCUGUAUCUGAUGUAACUCGUGGAAUAAAAGCAGAAGUAUCUAAACCUAUAGGUGGUCAUAAAUAUAAGACUAAAAGGCAUAGAAAACCAAGAAUGUUAUGGGGAGAAUAUGGAAAAUUAAAAGAAUAUAAUAUAAACGAAGCAGAGUUAAGAGAAUGCUUAGGUUUGAAAUUUUCAAAAAAUAUUAUGAAAUGUUUAACAGUACAUAAACAAGAAAAUUAUCCUCCAUCACAUUAUGCAUUAUUAUUAUAUCCAAAGGUAAUUAUAUAUGCAAAUCUAUAUGCUAAUACUAAUGCCCAAAAAAAUGAUUUCUUAUUAUCAGAAAAAAAAACAGAUAUUGUUAUAUGGUCUAUAAAAAUAGAAGAUAUAACAGAAAUACGAGCAUCUAGUCAUGGUCUCAUAGUUAGAACAAAUACUAGCACAAAUACGGUUUAUAAAAUUCCAUGUAAUAAUGCUAUAUUGAUAAAUAAAAUAUAUAGGGAAUUGCAUAACUCAAAAAAUUCCAUAAACUCAACUGUUAUUUUGGGCGCGAAUAAUUCUGCCCUCUACAAAUAUUUAUAA